AUGUACUACUCUUGUCCUCCUUUCCCUCAUGAAUCAUAUGUGGUUCAUGAAAGUUCAAGAAGAGAGAGUAUUGGAGCUUCUACCAUGCACCAAGACUCUUCAAUUCCAGGAGCGACUAUCGAUAUUGAUGAACAAGAAGAGGUUGUAGAAGUUCAGAAGAACACUGGUGGCAGAGGAAGAGGCAAUAAUGGUAGAGAUAGAGGGAGAAACAGAGGAAGAGGGGUUGGAGGAACAAAAUUCAAGUGGAGCCACGAACAAGAUCAAGAUUUAUGUAAAAGCUGGUUGACAAUUUCAAAUGACUCUGUUGUAGGAACUGAUCAGUCGUACGGGGAUUUAUGGGAGAAAAUUGUUCAAUACUACAACCAGUGGAGGACAGAAGGUCCCGAGGUUGAUGUUGAAAAAGCCUCAAAUCAUUGGUACAAAAUGAGUGCCGAGGCUUCAAAGUUCAAUGGGUGCUACUGA